AUGGUUGUCCAAGAGCUUGUGUUUGGCGGGUCUCGGUCUUCUGGGAUACUAACGUUCAGGUCAAGAGUGAGCAAGCAGAUUUUCCCGUUAUCACCAACUGAGCAGCAGGCAGUGAAAGGUAUCCGAAGGAAGCUUGAAGUCAAGAGUACCCCCUCUGAGAGUUGUUCUUUUAAGCGCAGAAGGGAUGCACAAUAUUGUCCCUCGCCAUUAGAGAGAUCGUUCUCUUCUGUUAAUCAUUUCUGUUCUAAUGGACGCCUACGGGGGAGAGACGACGCAGAUACUGCCCACCCUUCUGAACUGGUCUUCCUUGUAAAGACCAAUAUGGGAAGAGACGAUGACAGAGCAGUGCGAUUGGAGAAAAUUGGAACUGCCAUUACUUGUAGGCUUCAGUUCGGAUCAUCAUUGUUGGCUGACGAAUCUAUUUUAUUAGUUGAAAAUGUCCUCUUUAUGUGCUUGCUGUUGUCUAUGGAACAUGAAGAGCGAGCCGGUGCCGGAACCCCUCAACUUCCUACAACCGGGUUUCAACUAGAUUCAGGCCAAAGUAUUGCAAUCCCAAGUGUUCCGGGAUGGUCUGGUCGCGUGUGGGGUAGGACGGGUUGCACGUUUGAUACAUCAGGUGUUGGCUCAUGUCAAACAGGGGAUUGUGGGGGAAGGCUGGAAUGUGAUGGCAUGGGCUCCACGCCUCCAGCAUCACUCUUUGAAAUAACCCUGGGAGCUGGAGACCAGAAAGAUUUUUACGACGUCAGCCUCGUUGAUGGAUACAAUUUGCCACUAGUUGCGGUACCACGAGGAGUUCCUAGUGGAUGCAAUGCCACAGGUUGUGUUUCGAAUGUCAACAUGGGUUGCCCGAAAGAACUUCAGGUGAUCGGUACUGGUGAAGGCGAAGGCGGUAGUGAAGUUGUUGGCUGCAAGAGCGCGUGCGAGGCAUUCGGACAGGACCAGUAUUGCUGCAGCGGAGAAUUCGCGAAUCCUUCUACUUGCCGGCCAUCAUUCUACUCGACUAUCUUUAAGAGAGCAUGUCCAAGAGCUUAUAGCUAUGCAUUCGAUGAUGGCUCCAGCAUUUUCACUUGCAAGGCUAAUGAAUACGACAUCAUAUUUUGUCCCGACAGCGGGAUGAGAAGACCAAACAGUGCAUUAACAGCUUCACCAAUGAAAGAAAAAAGAAAUGGGGCUGCAGGGAUGGCUUCAUCCGCAACAAUUCUCCUACCCAUAAAAAUCUCAAUAUCUAUUCUCAUCUUCACUUUGUAUUUCUAG